UCUUCAAUAACAAUUUAACAUUUAAAAUAAGUCUCUGUCGGUUUAAAUUGGAGUGCAGAGCUCAGCACUGCUCCUCCUGGCUGCAGCUGCGCCCUGACGCAUAAUGAAAAUAUAAUAAAUCCAAGAGGAUAUAUUAACCACAGCAAGACAGACCGCAAACUGUACGGAUUUCAUUUAUCCUAAACUGAAUUAUCACCACAGUCAAGGCUUUGUUUCAUUUUCCUGGUAGGAUGUCAUCUGAAAGUGCUGCGUCAUCCAAAGCUGUUCCGCCAUCUUUAGUAUCAAAGAACGAUCCUUUGAGGAUUGUUCUGCUGGGCAGCACCGGGUCGGGCAGAAGCUCCUCUGGAAAUACUAUCCUGGGUAGAGCAGCCUUCUGGGUGGAGUUGUCCCCCUCCUCUGUAACCGCAAAGUGCAGGAGACAAACCGGGACAGCAGGCGGUCGGAGUGUCUCAGUCAUCGACACCCCGGGGUUCUUCCAUACAAACCUGUCUCCAGAGGACGUCGUGGCAGAGGUGGGUCAGAGCGUUCGUUUAUACUCUCCAGGACCCCAUGUGUUCCUGGUGACCCUGCGGCUCGGCAGGUUCACCCAGGAGGAGAGAGAGUCCUUGGAGUGGAUGAAGGUCAUGUUUGGGCCGGAGGUAUCCAGGUUUACCGUGGUCCUGUUCACCUGGGGGGACCAGCUGAGGGGCAAAAGUGUUGAAUCCUUCCUGGAAGACAGUCCAGAGCUGUCCCUGUUUGUCAGCAGUUGCCGUGGUUAUCACGUCUUUGAUAACAGCAACCAGGAAGAGAACUCAGCAGGAUCUGAGCAAGUCGUGCAACUUCUGGAGAAGAUUGACCAGAUUAUUUCAAACAACCAAGGUGGUUGGUACAGCAAUGAUAUGUAUAUGGAGGCUGAGAGCGCCAUAAGGGAGGCACGGGAGAGGCUGCAGGAGGAGAGGGGACAUCGACUUCAGCUGGAGACAGAAGGAGAGGAUGAGAAGGUAGCAGAUGGGGAGCGGAAGGAGGAAGAAGAGGCCAGGAGGAGAGCUGAGAGGCUUUUCUGGUGUGAGCUCCUGACCGCAGUGGGCAGAGGAGCCGCGGAGGGGGCGGGCAUCGUGACCAAGGACAAAAGCAAACCAGUCAAGAAGGUAAAAGUGGUAGAAAAGGCGAUGGGUCUGGCGGCGUCACCUCUAUCCAUCAAAUCAGCCGCAAAGGUGCUGGAAGGAGCCGUGAAAGAAGGGAGCAAGGUGCUGCAGAAACACAAAAAGACUCUGCUGCACUGAGACAGUUGAUGUUUAUUACAAAGAAGUGAUUUGUGAAAUCUCUGCACAUCCUAAGGGCACUUUAAGACUGUGGAAUAAUGUUUGAAUGUUUCACCUCGAUCUGACAGCAAAAUAUAAUAUCUUUGAGACAAGAAAAUUAGUUGGCUGAUAAACAAAUAAAAGUGGAUCUGUGAACACUUUUCUUACUUCUGAAAUAAAAACAGAAAUUAGACAUCAUGGCUAUGGAUAGAAACAACACUGCAGCUUCUUUGGCUUUUCAUUAUAAGAAAAUGAUAUUUAGCCCUUUUUUCCCUUAUAAUAAUAAUAAAAAAAAAACAAAAUACAAAAGACACAGUAAACAAGACGAGAAAAAGUAACAUAAAUG